AUGCCGCCACCACCAUCAGCCGAUCGCACUUUGCUCGAAGCGAGCAGCAAUUCCACCACUGGGUACGCGGAAGCGCAGCUCGUCGUGCUCCUUCUGAGCAUCGUCGUCGUGGCGGUGGCGCUGCUCUCGUACUUUGUCGUCGCUCCUGAGUACGAAAAGCACUUGGACAAACAGUACGCGGCUCUUGUGCGUGCGGCUUCGGAGCGGCAAUUGCAGCUGCAGAAGGCGCACGAGCUGUUUGCAAGGAGUCGAUUGCGCAAGCACAAGUCGCUCGGUGCGUGGGAUAUGGAGUCUGGCUCGAGCGACGACGAUGGACGACGUCAGUUUUGCAGUGCCCAGCGACGCCACUCGUACCUGCGGCCGUCACCAGCUGAUAUGGCACGAGACGGGAUCAGUAUGGCCGCUCAGAUCAUUGCACGGCGAGAACGCAACGCUCGUCGACGCAAGAGCGAGAGUGACGCGCUCAAACAAGCCAAUAUCCAGCGAGCCGAGAUGUUGCGUCGGCGGGUGCUGCUGAGGAAGCUCGAAGAGGAAAUUGCGGGCGCUGUCAAGGCGAACGAAGAGGCUCAGGCAGCUGCGACGUCGGAGAGUUUGAAGACUGGGCGUGGCAGCGGCUCGGGACGAGCGUCGAACAAUACACUGGACCUGAGCGAUGACCAGCUCAAGAUGUUGCAGGACCACCCAGCAGACUGCGUCAAGGAGCUCACGGUGCUUGCUCGAGCACAGUCUCAGCAGAUUACGCCCUCACCUGCAGCAGUUAAUGAUGCAGACGAUGAUGCUACACGAGCGAGGAGUCUGAUGACGAUGGAGACUGGACCGGAUCUGCACGAAGUGAAGCAAGCGUUGCACGUGCUGCACAACGUGCUGAGCUUUUACUUGUCGGUGGACCACCGAGACAUGACCAAGCUCACGGUGUUUUGCAACUCGCUCCUGCAGCACGACGGUCUCAAUCGUCUACGUGCGUUCGAAGGAUGCCGCGACAAAGACGUUCGAGCGCUGUCCAACUCGAUCAUUGAGAAAGCCGUGCCUGCGAUUUGGCACUGA